GGGUUCAACAAAUUCCUGAUGGCCAUCUAUAGGCCCGAGCGAGGGGUUUGUGCACACGGUGAGCUCAGAGGAAAAUAUCCUGAGCCAGCUGCACUUAGCUUGGGUGGGACGGUGCUGUUUGCCAUAGGAUUGCGUGGUGAACAUACAACUGAGUUGCAGUCAGUGAAACUUGCAAGGAAGAAUGAAGAUGGCACCAGUGAGACAAACCCCUCGCCUGAAUGUUGGAGCAAUGACUCCGUGCAUGCAUCCGCCGAUGGAUUCCAAGUUUCAAGUGUUCAACCUGCUGCUCCGACAGAUGCUCUUUUGCAGAAAGCCUCCAUGAAUGCGCCAGUUGAUGAAUUCUUAGAACUGCUGCCUGAAGCAGCUCGCUGUCGUGUCUUUGAGCAGCCUGUGGACAUGUCACUUCCAAUUCAUUGCCGUGUGCGAGUAGCCAUGUCCUUAAACAACCUUGCGGAUCGCUUCGCUGCCGUUCAGGAGAUGCAGAACAAGUCGAGCAAGGAGCAGACUCUGAUGGCCUUGAGCAUGGAAGAACUCCAGAACCUCACCAUCAAGUUCGGAACUGCAAAGGCCGGACUUACGUUCAAGGAGGUGGUCGAGACAGAUCCAAAGUACUGUCAGUGGUUUCUUCGCCAAUGGGGAUCCAGCAGCAAGAGCGAGCAUCAGGAGUUCCUGUUCUUUCUGAACAUGUGGACGGAACGCAAGGAAUUCGAGAAUGGGAUCAAUGGAUCCAAGACUGGCGCCCAACUGCCAGUGAAGCCGCAGCCGAAAGCCGGUGGCAAGGCUCAUGGUGCCUCCUCCACGGGGAUGCCGAUCGACCUCGAGAUCGACGAGGAGCCGUGGGAUCAGGUGUCCCUAGCCGAAUCCCUCAUGCCACCAAAGAUGAUGAACCGCAUCGACCAGCUCGAGAAUGUACUGAUGCAAGUCGUGAGUCAGCUGCAAAGCCUGACACCGCCUGCCGCAGAGCCAAAAAUAUCUCGCCCAGCUAGUUUGCCUGAACCGCGUGAGUUCAAUGAUUGUGUGGGCUGCGAUCUUGUGACAUGGACCUCCAGAGCUGGGAAGCAGUUUCAAUUUUUGCACAUGAUCGAUGCUGCCACCAAUUUCCAGAUUGCUGCACCAAUUUUUCGAACUGAUGCCGAAUCCAUGUUUGAAACUAUGCAAGACUGUUGGUUCCACUGGGCAGGACCAUGUCAACAAUUGAUCGUUGACAAUGCAUCCCCGAUUUGCUCCGAUCAGUUUGCCGAAUAUGCUCAAGGUCAGAACAUUCACCUUAGGGUGAUUGCUGCGUUUGCUCAUUGGCAAAACGGAAAGACAGAGCGUCAUGGGGAUAUCCUUCAGCACAUGCUUGAAAAAUUUGAUGUAGAUCGUGAAAUCAAGACGGAUCUGGAAUUCCGACAAGCCUUGCGUCUGUGUUGUCAGGCAAAGAACUCCUUGGCUAGGUCAAAGGGAUACACACCGGAAAUCCUUGUUUUAGGUAAGAGCAGAAAGAUGCCUGGUAGUUUAUGUGAAGAUCAUGCCGAUCCUGCGCAGUACCUAGCUGACUCAGAAAGUCCCGAGGGUCUUGCCUUUAGACAACACCUCGAAUACCGUGAACUGGCCAGAAAAGCAUUUGUGCAGACUGACAACAGUGAUCGUUUGAGACGAGCCUUUCUGCGUCGUCAACGACCGCAUCGUGGUCACUUUGCCAGCGGUGCAGACAGUGAGUACACUCCCACGACUCCUUUGCAUGAAGAAACAAAUGAUAACCCAGAGUUGAAACCUGAAGAGGUUCCUGUUCCUGAAGCUGAUGACCUCAUGCUUGAAGAUGUCUGGGUGUGUCAGACAGAUAAGAUCAUGCGGAUUCAUAACAAGCCUCGUUUUUCCGCUUUUGAUCCAAGUAGCUGCACAGAUUGUCCUGUGGACAUCCUGCACUUGUCCGACACUCGCGUCACAACGGGCACAACUCCAACAGGGGCUGUUUGGCUAGAACAUGAUAUGUGGGGAUGUCCUGAGAACGCCUGGUGUAAGGAUCAACCCUGGACUGGAGUUUCCGUUUUUAUUGUAGUACCCGAUGCUGGACAAGCCAUUCUGUCCUGUGAAGAUGUGAUGCAUGGGUUCAACAAAUUCCUGGUGGCCAUCUAUAGGCCCGAGCGAGGGGUUUGUGCACACGGAGAGCUCAGAGGAAAAUAUCCUGAGCCAGCUGCACUUAGCUUGGGUGGGACGGUGCUGUUUGCCAUAGGAGUGGCCAUUGUCAUAGAG